AUAGCAUGUAGGUAGCACUCGUAAAUUGAAGACAAUCUGUGCAGCAAACUGAGAUUUUUCAGUUUAAGUUAUAAAUGCGUGUUUUGAAAAUAUACAGGUGCUGCCUAUCAGUCAACAACGGACCUUCAGUCAAAACGUCAAGAUGUGGACAAGACCGAAGAAAGUGUUCCGCCUAAUUCACAAGAGUCAAAUCAAGUACAAGAGGCCACAGACGAAAAUACAGAUCCGUUACCUAAGGCAAAACUACACAAAGAAACACAGGAGAAAGAUUCAAAUCAAGAAACAAAUCUGGAGAGAGAGGCAAAUCAGGAUAUAGCUACACAUCAAAAGACAGCGAUAAACCAGGGUAUACGUUUUACCCAAAAAUUCUUAGAAUCUAAUCAAGAACGAAAAGUCACCGACGAAAGAACAGCUUCGGUGGCUAAGACAGAACUACAUAACACAGUUCAGGAGAAACAGAAAACUGAAAAUGAUCAGUUAACCCAAGUAAUCUUAGGACAAUCAUUGGGUUCUAUGCAAGGUAAUAAUUCUGUACCUGUAGAACCGGACUUACAUACUCAGAAUCAUAGUCCGGGGACGAUUCACUCCAUAAAAACCAAGGAGACAGAUCGAUUUGAACACCGAGCAGACGUUGAGCAAUCCGUUGAGCAAUCCGAUACUUAUAAGGAUGUUCCUGGUUUGAAUUAUACAAUUAAUAAUAUUAAGAUGUGAUCAGUAAUAAAAUGUCAAUAAUUUUUACAUUAAGGUCUCUUGUCAUAUCAGAUCUCUUAUUCUGCGAUUGUAAACAACAAAUCAUUGCCAUGUUUCCUUCUGUUUCCGUUCUAUUGUAUUGUAUUAUAUUUUUAAAACAUUGUCUUGAAUUUGUAUUUUUAUAGUUUUCUAAAAGGCAUACAUGAUGGUUAACGAAGAUACAUUUUCUGUUUUAUGUUUACCAGUGUCGUCCUUUGAGAAUGAAGAAAUAUCGGAUACUGACGUGUGUAGCAGUGUAGAACCAGGACUUGAGAAGGAAAAUAGCGCAGCCGUUCCGAUGCAUUUUGUGCAAGCCAAUAGGACAGAUCUAACAAAGCAACGUCAAGAAUUACAAACCGCAGAACAGAGGAUAGACGAAACGGGGCAUCAAAUGAUAUCUGAAGUAGUUAAUACGAGAACAAGCCGUUACAAUCAGAAACCUUCAACAACCGUUAAAUCCUUACCUGUCAAUCUUGAAAAUGAAUCAACACCACCACUUAAUCAAAGCAGACCACUUAAUCAGAGCCGACAGUGGAAAUCUUGUGAUAAUUAUGACAACCUUAAUGGAAUACCAGCGGAUGAAACAUACAAACCUGGGAAUCUUAACUACAAUGGAGCGAAUCUAUCAGAAGAUAGCGAUAAUAAAAACGAAGUUAUUCCAACAUCUACAAGUACCAAAGUGUUGACAGAUGCUGUGUCUCAUAAUUCUCAAACAAUAAUUUCGGACGAUCCCAAAGAUACACAAUCGGCAUACAAUGUUGAAAUGCGAUCUAUGCAAGGGGCCACAGGACAAUUUGAAGAAAAUGGAAAUGUUGAAGAGGAAACAAACAAUGGUAGAAGAUCCGGAAAACAUUUCAAAACGCCUGUCAAAGACGAGGGAGUAAUGCAAGCAGGGCAAGAAAAAAAUUUUCUUCAAGAAGACGACACCGCUUGCCUCAUGGAAAAUAAUCAAAGUAUACUACAAGAAGAUGAUGACUUGGAAGAAAUGCAAAAGUUUAUUUCGGAGAUUCAAAAGAAUCUAAUGAAGAAAAAAGGAUGCGAAAGAAGGAAAAAAAUGAAAGUGUUAUUAGACAUGUCGAAGAUUUAAUAUUGAAUAUGUCAAACGAUUAAGAUGGAAGAAAUUUAAGCUAUUUUGUUUAUUUUUCCUACCAGCUUUGACAAACAUAUAGAAAGAAAUAAUAGAUUAAAGAAAUCAAAUAGUGAACUUAUUAAUAUUUUUCAUUAAUAUGUUUAUCAGGAGUGUUUAUCUUUACAGUUGAUCAGAAAUGAUGUUCUUUAUGCCAAUUAGAACUUUUUAUGCUUGCGAGUGUCUGUCUUUAUGCAAAUUAGAAGAUUUAAUGUUUUUCUUUCUCUGUUAUCGGUUAGUCAGAAUGGUUUUUGUUUAUGUUUAUGAAGAUGUUUUCCAGUAAUGUUUUUGAAGUGCUUAUACGAGCUCGUAUUAAGUAAAUAAAAAAUGUUAUUCUCUCUCGGUUGAUCGGAAGCGUUAUUCGUAAUAUUUAUCAGGUUUUGUUUCUUUUUUAUGUUUAUUGGAAGUAUUUUGGUUUUAAUCAGAAUAGUUAAAUGUGAAUAUCAGAAGGUGCUUGUUUACAUGUUUUUAUGUGCCCGGAAGUGAGAGCAUAUAGUCGCCACCUUGUCCGUUUGUUCGUCUGUCCAUCUGUCCGUCCGUCCGUUGUGCUUAUCCGGAGCAUUAUUGAAAACCCUAGUACAUAAUAUGUUUAAACAGCACACAGUGGUAGUGGGCAUGGAGGCGGAGUUUAGUGUAAAAGAACCAUUACUCUGUUUUGUCCCGUUUUUUAAUAAUCUCCCCUUUUAGAAAAAAAUCUUAUCCUGAGUAUAACAUGUAAGCCCUUGGAGAUUAUUUGUUUAAACUGCACAAAUGAGCAGAGGGCAUCGGGGCGGAGUGCAGUGCGAAAGAACCAUAACUCUAUUUUAUCCCGUUCUUGAAUUAUCUCCCCUUUAAGACAAGUCUUGUCCGAAGCAUAACCUUAAAGCCCUUGGACAUAUUUUUUUAAACUGCACACAGUGGUAGAGGGCAUUGAAGCGGACAGUAGUGCCAAUAUAUAUCUGUAUAUUACCCCCUUUUUGAAAAAUCUUGUUUCACUUUGAACUUUGACCGUGACAUAGCUCUGAAACCGUAUGAGGUAUCAACAAGAAAUUUUGUAGGUAGAUAUAUUUCAUUAGAUGAAUAUGCAGUGCAAAAGAACAGUAACUCUUCCUUUCUCAAUUUUGGAGUUUUUGCCGCCCUUCGUCCAUUUUUACACUUUGAACACUGUCCAGGACAAAGCUCUGAAAGUACAAUAGAUAUGAACAAGAUACUUUGAUAGAUCUCAUAAGGUAGAUAGAUGUGCAGUGCAAAAGAACCAUAACUCUGCCUUGCCUAAUUUUGGAGUUAUUGUCCUUUGUUUAUUUUUACACUUUUGACAUUGUCAGGGACAUGACUCUGAAACUUUAGGAGAUAUAAACAAGAACCUUUGUAGGCACAUAAAUCUCAUAAGUUAGAUUAACAGUAGAAAACAUUAACAACCAUAACUCUGCCUUGUCUAACUUUGGAGUUAUUUCCCUUUGUUCAUUUUUUUUAUUUUGAACAUUGUCCAUGACAUUUGUCAAGAGGUAUCAACAAGAAACUUAGUCGGUAGAUAGAUCUCAUUGAGUAGACGUGUAGUGCAAAGAACAGUUACUCUGUCUUGUCUAAAUUUUUAAUUAUUUUAUUUUGAAAUUUGUCCGAGACAUAACUGAAACUACAUAAGGUAUAUUUUUCUGUGCCCAAAACGUAUUCGGGAAGCAUCACCCGGUUCAAGGUUCAACCGGCUCUUGUAUAGAAAUGUUUUUAGAUAAAAUGCUUUCUUUACAACUGGGAUUUUAUUCUCAGAAAUCAUAUUAUUUUUGUAUAUUAUCCAUUUAGCAUUUCAUAACAGGUGUAAAGAUAUGUAUGGAUGUGAAUGUGUAUGUAUUUUCAGUUUUUUUUAAUGUGUGCGUCUUAUAUUUCAUUUAAAUGUUGAUUGUUCUUAUUGAUAUAGGUUUUUCAUUUGAAACGACAGACCAUUUUUUCUGUUUAAGGCCUAUAAAAAGUAACAGUGCCAAACAAACCAUAUUUCAGGGAAAUAUAUGCAUAUUUUUACAAAAUAAAGCCUCACUAAGGUUAUAUAAGUAAAAUGCACCGCUUAUGACGAAUGGCAUGUACAUAGAUUAAAUUAAAAACUUUUUUUUUUGCUAAAAUUGUAAAAGUUAAAAGUAAAAGUAGUUAGAUACUCUUUUUACUUUUAUAUUCUUUUUAUAUGUUGACGUUGCUACAUUUUAAGUUAAGUAGCUGGUAUUUUUAUUCAUUUUCUUGCCUUUCGUUAUUUUAAAAGGUAAAAUUGCUGUUCGGUCCAACUGUGCUUAAUAAAUUGUGCAUACUAAUAUUUUAAUGUUCUUUAGUAAUGCUUAAGUAUUAUCUGUAAAGGAUACAUAAUUGAGCCGCGUCACGACAAAACCAACAUAGUGAGUUUGCGACCAGCAUGGAUCCAGACAAGCCUGCGCAUCCGCGCAGUCUGAUAAGGAUCCAUGAUGUUCGCUAUCAGUUUCUCUACUUGUUAUAGAAUAUGUAAGCGAACAGCAUGGAUCCUGAUCAGACUGCGCGGAUGCGCAGGCUGGUCUGGAUCCAUGCUGGUCGCCAACCCAUUAUGUUGGUUUUGUCAUGGCGCGGCUCACAUGUUGAAUGAAGAAUAAAUUCAAAUGAAAACAAUAAAGGAAUGUAACAAUUUUAGAUUUUGAAAAGUAAAGUUUUUUUUAUAUUUCUUGUUCUCAUUUCUUUGCGAUUUUCAAAUCGGGAAUGAUUUUACUUUUUAAUAUUGUAACCACAUUUAUCUGUGUAGAUCCGGAUUGCAGAUCAUAAUUUUAUUUCUUGUAAAUUAUAUAGAGUCGUAAAAACUAGGUACCGGUAUUUCUAUAUAUGGAAUUAUGAUACCAUAGUUUGACAAUUUUAUCUUAUCAAAGAUGUAAUAACAGAAAAUGUACUUUAAUUUUACAAAAAUAUAUAUUUAAACAAAAAUUUUGGAUUGAAUAAAACGUUUUUUUAUUUACAUUUAAUGUGAGUUUCUUUGCAUAGACAUCUUUAUAAAGUAACUGUAUAUUCUUGUUAAGAAAAAUGUAAUUGGAAGCCUGUUGUUCUUUACUUUAUUUUCUUGUUGUGUAAAUGAAAAAGGAAUUCAAUAGAAAUUUAUUUAUUAAAGCAUGGGUAAGGGUAAAUCAAGAGGAUUUUUAUAUUUCAACCCUUUGAAAUGUUAAAAUAUUUCUAACGUUUUAUUUCUAAAAACUGUCAUUUUUGUCUGGGACGACAAAUAUCAUACAUGUAUAUCACAAUAGCAAAAUGUCGAAUUAUUAGGGCAAACAUAUAUACCAUCAAAAUAUUGGAGAAAGCAACAUUGUAUGGACUAUGAUUAAGACAUUUACAACCAAACUAUAAUCAGAUCGCUAAGAAAAUGUAUUUGUAUUUUUACGAAGCGUCCUCGAAUAGUUAAUAUACAGAAAUAUUUAACAUUUCAAAUUCUUUAAAAAAAUAACUGAAACGUUAGAACACAUUUUUAAACCAUUAGUCCCACUUAUGAACCUAAGAACGUAUUAUUGGUAAAAUAAUUUUGUUUUCUUCGGACGGACCAUGAAUUCCUUCAGACGAUAGAAGGUUCCCAGGUUGGGAGUCGUCAUUAGACCUUUCCAUUUGUCUCUGACUAUAAAUUCAACCAUGAAUGUCCUUGAAACUGAUAUAAAUAUACCAGACCAAAAGACUGAAAUAGUUAAUACUUGUUUUAUAUUUUGUGCCUUCUGAAAGGUGAACCAAGUUCGGUAAUGAUGUGCUGAAUAAGUUAAGUACAAAAUUUAACAUUUGUGUCUACUUUGAAAGUCUCUGUAGGUAUUGUUAUAUUGAUAUACCUUCAAUCAAAUAAUGCAUAUAACAUGUAUAAUAUAUUGUUGCUUGUAUCCAUGCCAUGCUUAUUCAUAACAUUGUGUAGCAAUCUAUAUCAAAUUGUAAUGUGCAUGGAUUGGUAUGUUAAAUGUUUUUGUUAUGUACGAUAGUCUAUUAUUUUAUCUUAAUAAAUUUUAUCAUCGUAA